GAUGGUCUUCCCGGUCCUCCUGGUCUGAGGGGUGUUCCCGGGACUAUGGGUGACAAAGGAGUGAAGGGUCCGAUGGGAUUCCCGGGAGAUUCCGGGUUUAAAGGUGAUUCCGGUCUACCCGGACUACCAGGACUUCCCGGUGACCCUGGUCUUCCAGGAAUAGGACGUCCGGGGCAGCCAGGUCUGCCAGGUUUUUCGGGUCCAAAAGGUGAACUGGGAAUGCCUGGACCUCCAGGGCUUCCGGGAGACAGUGGGAGACCAGGAAUUUUGGGAAUGAAAGGAGACAUCGGUUUUCCUGGUCUACCCGGUCUUCCCGGCCAUAAGGGCGACAAAGGCGACCCCGCGAGAGAAGGAUAUCCGGGACCAGAAGGCGCGCCGGGACUCCCAGGGCUUGACGGACCUAAAGGUGAUAUUGGAUAUAAAGGAGAUAUAGGACUUCCAGGAAUUCCAGGAUUACCUGGAAUUAAAGGAGAGGGCGGUAUUCCUGGAUUGCCAGGACUGCCCGGAAUGGACGGCCCACCGGGUAAUCCUGGGUUUCUGGGCAAAGAUGGACUGCCAGGAUUCCCGGGAACUAAAGGAUUAAAGGGUGAUAGUGUUCCCGGACUCCCGGGACCGCCAGGAUAUGAUGGCUCACCCGGUUUGCCCGGACUUAAAGGUGACCGAGGAAUAAAUGGUUUUCCCGGAAUUGAGGGAAAGCCUGGUGUAAUGGGUUUUAAA